AUGCCGGUAUCCCGACUUUGGCUACCUCUCUUGGUCUGCACUGCUGCAUUUUGGAUCUCAGAGGUUCACACCAUACUUCCCAAUACUCACAACAUCGUAUCCAUUACUCCCCAUGACCAAUAUUCUAGCUCCAUUGGAGUCUUGGGUUGCAAAGUCGAUACGAAUCGGAUCGCCUACUGGCCCUUAGAGGUCGGGUGCGACGGUAUAUGCGUCAAAGUCGCAAAUGAGGGGCGGUUCCUUCAUCUCCUUCGCAUCAAUAAGUCGGAAGGCGCGUACGAUAUCUCUUACGAUGCUUGGAACUACCUGGUAUUCGGUACAUCUGCUGUGGAGGACCCCCAUUUGGGUGGGGGAAUUCAGAUGUCUUAUGAGAUUGUAGAUACAUCAAAAUGUCAACAUCUACUCAAAGACGGUAAAUUGCCUCUGUCAGCCGCGAAUAGUAUGAAUUACGUCUCAUCUUGUAUUAGCCAGCCUACAAGCUGGGUCGCACAGAACUACGAAUUAUAUAACAUUUAUGACUUGGUCUGCAAGUAUGGAAUCGACGAGAAAUGCGGCAUGGAUCUCACCAUAAGUAGUAUGUUAGAGCUUAAAUCGACGGCAAAGAAUGUCAUGUACGCUACGGGAGAACUCAUCCCGGGCUAA